CUUUUGACCUCGCACCCGCAUCCACGCGAUGUGGGUGCCGGUGCGCUCUGGAUGCGCACCCAAGCUACCGCACCCGAUUAAAAUCGUUCAUUUUUGAGACUCGCACCACGGCCAAAUGAGUGUGGGUCUAAUAUUGUUCAAAUUUUAGGUGUUUUUUUUUUUUUUCAACCAAGUCGAUCCCGCGUCUCGUCUCCCCUUUGCCGCUGCUUCAGCUUUACCCCCCCCGUGGCAUCAUCCCCGGCCGGCGGAGGCAUCAGGUUUCCUUACCGUUUUCCUGCAUUCUUAAUAAAACCCCUUUUUGUCUGCCCGUUCUCGCCGGAGUUUUCCUCCGUAAGACGGGAAGAGACCGGGCCUCCGAUGGAUAGGAAGAAGGGGGUUUCCGAUGAACAGGUGCACUUGUGAAUCGUUUGGCUGAUUGAUUCGCACCGUCCUCCUUUCUGCCAAUUAUUUAUGGUUCUCCCCGGUGUGCCUGUGAAUCUAUUCACCACAGCCCUCUGUCUUCUCCUUUCCUGGAUUUCUGGCUUCACGGUGCCCUCGUUCCCCUUCCCUCUGUUUUACUGUUGGGGAAAUAAUUGAAUGGGUUUGGGUCUUGAUUAUGUAUGCGUUGUCUAUCUUCUUCUGUUUUUGUGAGACUGGGGAAAAGUGUGGCUUUGUUCGUGAUUCAUUCCGUUGUCUGAAUGGGUAUUUUCCUUGUUGGGACAAUCGUUGCUCGUUUCUUCUGUUUUGUCUGGUUUUAGGUGGACAACCUAAUCUGAUCUUCCAUUUGGGUUAUAUGUGGAGGUUUUAAUUGUAUUGAUUUGCUGCGUCUUUGUUCAAUUAAACACUGAUCCGUACCUAGGAAUCGUUUUUGUUUGUCACUUGUCAGUAUUCCAUGUUUCGUCCAUCUUUUUAUAUAUAUAUCUCUGGUUUAAAGAAAAUUCUGCUUUUGGGUGCAUGCUUGUGAACGAUAAGAAAUGUUAUUGGUGAUUGUGCUGAUAUGGGGAUUCUUCUUUUCCUCAUGUUGGGAAUUAAUCAGACAUUUAACGUUGCCAAUAGCUGCUGGGUGCAUGUGAAUUUCGGGUUCAAUGUCAUGUGUGGAAAGACAGUGGAGCUACUUUUUCUUCUGAAAUUGUGAACUUGAGUUAUGGAGUGUUUGGCAUAGCAUGUUAACUGUUGGUUGUUUUUUUGUUCAAUUGUUCAUGACUUUAGAAUAGCAGAUAACUCUCUAAACUUAUUUAUGGGCAUUCAUUGCUAGAUGUCAACUUCCAUUUCACGUUUGAAAUCUGACUGAAAGUGACUCAGUGAACUAUGCAUACUAUCUGAAGGUAAAACUAUAAAAGAUGGCAAACAUAACGAAAGAAAAAGAAGUUGUUUCUGUAAUGUGUGACUGUAUGAACUGUCAUUCUGUGAACUCAAAACUAGAGUAUAUUUCUUGUUGAAUGUUGAACUAAUUUUAUAGUGAUAUCAUGAUUAGGAAAUUGUAAUUUUGAUCUUGUUAUUUAAUAAUUUUGUGGUUUAUAGACAAUUUUUUGUCAUAUAUAUUAUAUACAUAUUAUUAUUAUUAUAAUAAAUUAAUAAUAAUAAUAAUAAUAAUAAUAAUAAUAAUAAUAAUAAUAAUAAUAAUAAUAAAAUACUCUCACUGCACCGCCGCACCUAAAUUUUUUGAGAUGUGCUGUGCCGGCAUCCGCACCCGCACCCGCACUUAGGUGACAUAGAUUGUCAGAUUCGGAUGGCCAUCACUAUCCCUGGUUCUUGGUCACAGACGUCGAAGCCCUGGGCAAUGAGGUGCUUCCACACCUCGACCUUCUCCGAGUCGAAGUCGCUGUUGAGGAGGGUCGAUGUGCUCAUGUCCUUCGGGCCGUCGUAGAGUUUUCUCACGUCUAUGGAAAAAUCAGCUUCAGAUUAUAGGGAAGCACGAGAAGGGGAGGAAGCUUACCCGGGAUCGUUUUCGUUUGACGUUAGUCUACAUGUUUUUCUUCCUUGGUUGGAGAGGAUUUGGGGAGUGCCGGCUUAAGGUUGGGAGGUUGAGGAAUGGCUGGUGGAGGUGGUGAGGAAGGUGCGAGGACUUUGAUACAGACGCCAUCAUGGGCAGUUGCUCUUGUGUGCGCCGUGAUCAUAGUAAUCUCCUUACUGUUGGAGAAGGGCCUUCAUCAUAUUGGAGAGUGGCUUACGAAAAAGCAAAAAAGGGCUCUUUAUGAAGCGUUGGAGAAGGUUAAGGCGGAGCUUAUGAUUCUUGGGUUUAUCUCGUUGCUGCUAACUUUUGGGCAGAAUUACGUUGCCAAAAUAUGUAUCCUUGAAGAUGUGGCCAACACUAUGCUGCCGUGUCGUGGUCAACAAGAAGAAACUGGCAAUAGACGAUUGCUGGACUUCCCUUACGCAAGCAUGACAUCAUCUCACAGAAUCUUAGCUGGUGCUGCAUCCCCAGUUAAAUGUAAGGAGGGAAAAGUGCCACUUAUUUCUACUGAAGCAAUCCAUCAGCUGCACAUUUUCAUUUUUUUCUUGGCAGUGUUUCAUGUGGCAUACAGUGCAUCAACGAUGGCCCUUGGGAGGGCAAAGAUCCGCAGAUGGAAAGAAUGGGAAAAAGAAACUGUAUCCCCAAACUAUGAGUUUUCUAAUGAUCAAUCAAGAUUUAGGUUUACUCAUGAAACAUCAUUUGUGCGGCAACAUACAAAUUUUUGGACUAGAAUCAGACUCCUGUUCUAUCUUGCAUGUUUCUUCCGUCAGUUCUUCAGGUCGGUCAGGAAGGUGGACUAUUUGACUAUGCGACAUGGCUUUGUUGCAGUCCAUCUAUCUCCUGGUGCUAAGUUUAAUUUUCAAAAAUAUAUUAAAAGAUCCUUGGAAGAUGAUUUCAAGGUUGUGGUGGGGAUCAGUCCUCUGCUCUGGGCAUCAGCUGUAAUUUUUUUGCUUGUCAAUGUCAGAGAGUGGUAUGCAUUGUUCUGGGUAACCCUACUUCCCUUAGUUAUACUAUUGGCUGUUGGUACUAAACUGCAAGCAAUUGUUGCUCAAAUGGCACUCGAAAUCCAAGAGAGACAUGCUGUAGUACAAGGAAUUCCUCUUGUACAACUCAGUGACAAGCAUUUUUGGUUUAGUAGACCACAAUUGAUAUUGUCACUCGUGCAUUUUACACUGUUUCAGAACGCUUUCCAGAUAACGUAUUUCUUCUGGAUAUGGUACGAAUACUCAUUAAACUCUUGCUUCCAUGAAAGGCUUGAACUUGUAAUUGGGAGGGUCGUCCUUGGAUUUUUUGUCCUGUUUUUAUGUAGCUACAUCACUCUUCCUUUGUAUGCAUUGGUAACCCAGAUGGGUUCGCACAUGAAGAGAUCCAUCUUCGAUGACCAGACAUCAAAGGCCCUUAGGAAGUGGCAGCAGACUGCGAAGAAGAAGCAUCAGAAGCCUACCGGUGGAAGCCCCAAGGCAUCACCAAAGCACAUUGAGCGUGUAAUGACUACCGGUCGGCAGGCCCGCUCACGCUCAAUACGCUUGGGUGGAAGUAGAACAUACUACUCGGACCACGAAGUGUCUGAUAUAGAGGCUGAUGCAUCUCCAAGGUUGCCGUCCGGUGGUGGGAAUCAUGACAUUCGGCCAAGUGAAGGGCAGCAUCCGAGGGAUAAAACCAAUGGCGAGGAUGACGUCUCCUUUGCAAAGGCUUGAGGUCUUCAUGGAUUCUCUACUGUGCAAAUGUACUCGCAAGCUCAUCAUUUCAUUUGUUGUCUCUACUGUUCCCUCGCAUUCGGGUGUGCCCUCACCAGCUAAUCUCUCUCUCUCUUUCUUUCUUUCUCUAUGUAUAUAUAUACACUGACGAAUCGUUGGAAGUUCUCGCUUUUGUGAGAAUGUAAAGUAGCAUUGGUGAGGUGGUGAUGCCGAUUGGUGGACUGAACAAUGUUUGAAGAUCUUUGAGGCAGUUUGUUGCCUCAAAUGAAAUGCGAGAUCAUCUUCUUCUCCA